AUGGCUGCUUUGACUCAUAAAGUGAAUCUAGCCGAACAAAUUCCGUCCUACUUUGGGCUAGGUGAUUCAGCGAGUGCCGACCAAAUAGAACUGUGUACUACUAAAUGUGUAAUUAAAGAGUUGGAGAAACUCGGAUCCUAUUUCUUUGGUGCUCUGCAUAUUUUGAAACAGUUCAAAGUCGUCAAGUGUGCUCAUAGCAGGAAGAAAAUCAAACUGCCUGUGAAUUGUUUGAAGUCGUUGGCUGAAGGCGACGAGAAAUACAUUUUUGCCACCCAAGAUAUGGUUGUCCAAGAAAAUGUGGAAAGUUGCAAACUGCCAUUGCUGUACCUCCACAAUGCAACUCUGGUGCUAAAGAAACCCUCUUUUCUUACAGACGUCAAAGCAACCACUACUAAAGUGAAACUAGAAUCAACUGAAAAAGAACAUCUGAGCAUUUUAAAGAAAAAAGAAGGCUUGGACGACAAACCAAUUAUUAAUCCUUUCCUGGAAAAGAGGAAAGAAAAAUUAAUGAAGAAAAUUGAACAGCGGAAACUGGAGAGGGUGCAGGCAAAAGAACAAAAAUUGAAAAGAAAGUCCAAAGUUACCGGGAAAAAGGAAAGGAAAAUGGAACAAGACUCAAAAUCAAGAUGUCGUAAUAGACGCAAAAGACAUGUUCCGAAAAACAUUGGAUCCGAUGUGGCAACUACUGCGAGCGAUUGA